AUGUCUGGGAUUCUUGCUCAAGUUCCUGUGGUUAAUAAACUACUAGGACUUGAUGGUAACCGGAAAGCCAUCAACAUCCCCUCGGUUGAGAUUCAUCACAUUGAGACAGACCCGAACAAACGGGCAAGAUGUCUAAAGCACCUAUUGAAAGCAAAUCAUGCUAACUACUCAAUCGUCUACAACAACCUUCAAUACGAUAAUCACAAUGCUCAUAUCCUCAGCUCAGCAUACCUCCUGGGAGCAAGUGUUCCUCAACUAAAUGAUAUCUACGACAGAGAAAUCCGCGAGCUGGAGGCAUGGGUACCGUCGCCCGCUGAGAUUGGAGAGGAUGACUGGCAAGAGCUUCGGGGCGAUGCAAGGUACCAGCGGGCUUUUGUGGACUUUUUUGAAGACAAGCUCGUUAUGCGAUUCAAUUAUGACUGGCACCAAGAAAUGGAGCAUUAUCUGUUCACUGGCGAUGAGCCUCUGAUCAAUGGCCUGAUCGGCGGCCUCGGACACCCGCUCAUCCAUCUAGGCUAUGCCUUCGAGAUGGAUUGUAAGGAACUUGCCAUGGAGGCCCUUGGACUUGCUUGUGUUCAGCAUGACUUUCUCCAUAAGUACCUCGACAACAAGUCGUACACCAGAAAGGCGCCUUUCACCUCGGCAUCCCCAAUGGAUCUUCUCACCAAACUAUCCAAGGACAAUAGAUUUGAUGACGUUAGAUCCGGCCUGUACGACCUGGAAGAGCUCUUCAGUGAGCAUGAGGACAUCAUACUGGAGUACUGGAACGCAUGGGAAAUCACAGAUCCUGUAAAGCAGUUCGAACUGUCCCAAGAAGCCGCAGCUGCUUUGCUAGUAGCCACAGUCAAGCCAGGCACCCAUGCAUUCAACUUCAUGCUCGUGCAUAUACUAACAACCAGUCAUGCCGUCCGAGUUCUUCUUCCCUUUAUUCCCGAAAAAUACCAUAUUCCUCUUGUUCGGCAAUGGUGGCUCCUGGCCUUGGGCAUCUUUAUCGUGAAACGCCGGCCACUCCCAGAUCCGGAUAACGUGGACAACGACCCCAAACAACGAGGCUGGAAGUACGUUGAGGACAAGGCAGUGAACUCUGACUGGGCUACAGAUGCUCAUUACGUCAAAGCAAUCCGGGUGUUGAAGGAGGCUUCAAAGACAUGGGGCGACGUUCACGAUCGAUACCUUCUGGCAGCCCUGACUUUCGUCGACAACUUCAAGGGGUGGACAUACUGA